GGUCGCUGCCGACCAGCCGGCCGCCAAGAGAUUCAUCAUCAGCCUGCAGUCGGACUCUGACGACUCGGACGCGGCCGGCUCCGACUGCGAGCCGCCGACCGCCGGCGACUUCCAGGGCGAGUUAGACCGCUUCCUGCAGCAGGCGCGCGAGCGCACCAGCCGGCCGACAGACGCGGCGCCGACCGCGCCCAGCCGGCGCAGGCCGUCGGCCCGCCCGGCCGCGGCCAGCACGCCCAAGGACCUGGCGAAGCUCUUGCCGAAGCACCAGCUGGACGAGUACAUAUAUCUGAAGGAGCUGAUCCGCGAGAAGGAGCGACAGAAACUGGCUGAGAAGAAGGCGCGGCAGCCGGCCGGCGCGGCCGAGCCGGUGGUGGCCGGCGGCGGGCAGCGGCAGGGCGGGGUGGCGGCCGGACCGGAUCCUCCGCGGCCCGGGCCAGCCCGGACCGAGACGGCACUGGCGGCGGCACAGGUCGGUCCGGUGACUGUGUGUACCGCGCCGGUGGCGCUCCAGGGCCGGUCGAGCCGUACUCAGGUACCAAAUGAGCAGACCGUGAUGCAGCAUAAGCUCGUGGCGCAACCCGAGCGCGCUGCGGAACAGCCUAGCCAGGCUCAACCUAAGCCUGUUACAGCGCAAUCUAGGCCAGUUAUGGCGCAACCUAAGCCAGUUGUGGCGCAACCCAAGCCGGUUGUGGCGCAACCCAAGCGAGCUGUGGCGCAACCUAGGUCAAAUGCGGCACAACCUAUGCAGACUGCGGUUCAUCCCAAGUCGACCAUGGUACAACAAACUAUGCAGACUGCUGUUCAUCCUAAGUCAGCUGCGGUUCAAGCUAAGCCGACUGCGGUACAACCUGAGCAGGCCGCCUUUCAGCAUGAUCAGGCCGUGGUUGAUCCUAAGCCGGCCGUGGUAAAAGUGAACGAGUCCUUGCUUCAUCCUAAAUCGGCCGUGGGGUUGCCGAGUCUCCCCGUUGUCGCGCCGGCGCAGGAUGUGUCGCGGCUUGGACAGGCACCGGGGCAGCUCCAUCCAGUCGGAGUCGAAGGCAAACCAGCCGUGGCACAGCCCGAUACGGUCGUGACGCAGUCAAAAACUGACUGCCGCCACCUUUUGAAUGGCCGGCCGGAGCAGAUUGGUACUAAGAAGCCGUUUGGUGCCACUGAAGCGCCGAACAAGCCUUUGCCGAGGGGUUCUAGCCCCCUGGACUCAGCAAAUGUGCUGUGCGUGGGUGAGCCUCGGUCGGGCCAGGGGCGUCCUGCGCCCGCAGUGACCGGGUCCGAGCGUCCCUCGGCCAAACCGAGACCGGUGGUCUUCCUACCUAGGUCGGUUAUUAUGCAGCCCCAGUCGGCUGUGCCGCGACCCAAAUCGGCCCCCGCACAGCCUGAAGCGGGUGUGGUGCGGCCAGAAACGGUACCAGACCCGGUGCAGCCUACCCAGACCCCGGUACUGUCCGCACAGCCCCCGAUUUUGUCUGCCCAGGCCGCGGUACCACCCGCCCAGACCCUGGUCCCGCCCGCCCAGACCUCGGUUUCGUCUGCCCAGCGCCCGGGCGAAGGGGCGGCCGCGCCGGUGGCGGUGCCGGUCAGCUCGGGGACGGUGCCGCCCGUGUCGGGGCUGGCCGAUGCCACGGAAGCGACCAGCUGCGUGGCGCCGGCCUCGGCUGGUCCUGGCGAGUGA